AGGAGCUGGUUAACCAUGUUGACCCCUCGCCCUCCCUCGUCUCCAUCCCUCAGGGCCUACGUGUCGCUCUUCAUGCGUCACCUGUGCGAGCCAGGCGCGGACGGUUCGGAGACGUUUGCAGACGGAGUUCCCCGCGAGGGGCUCUCCCGCCAGCACGUGCUGACCCGGAUCGGAGUCAUGUCCCUCAUCCGCAAGAAGGUUCAGGAAUUCGACCACAUCAACGGGCACUGGAGCAUGCCGGAGCUGGCGCAGGAGGCCUGCGAUAGCAAGAAGUCCUCCCGCUCGAGCUCACCGCUCUCCAAGACGCCCGGGGCCUCCACCCCGGGGGAGACCCAGCCCAACACGCCUUCCCGCACCGCAGAGGAGGGGCGUAAACCUCAGGGAUCGGAGGCAGACGGAGAGAAAAAUGGGAAGAUGGACGUUUCACCUCCGGCGGACACUGGCAUGGCCCCGAAGGCAGACGAACCGGCGGAGGAUCGUCCUGACCCCAAGCCCAAACCCCCAGAGAGUACGGACGUGGAGAUGAAAGAUUUGGAUGAAGAUAAAACAGAAAAAGUCACAGCAUCAGAGAGUCCAGAGGUCAAAACAGGUCAGUGUGGAGGGCCAGAACAUUCCUACUCGAAUAAAAACCCGUCUCC